GUGCAACAUGCGAUUCAUCUCAUUCGCACACACAUGUGCACAACACGCAAACAGUCCACUGUCCGUUCGUCUGGGCCUGUUCGUUCAAAGCACCCAGUCUUGCCCUCGCAGGAAGGGGUCCACGUCAGCAUCCAUGUCGUCAGCCCCACCGUCUGCUCCAAUACCACCACCACUACCACCAGCAGCAGCGUCCCCCCCGAGUUCUUCACCAAACGCCUCCUCACCCUCCAUGGCGGGAUGCGCCUCCUCAGGGGCGCCUGGCAUCUCGGCUUGCUGGUCCGUGCCACCCUCCUGAUCAAUUUGCAUGUCUCCGUGUUCACGCUCCUGUGGCGAUGGGUCCACGUCCAUGUCAGGGGAGUCGCUGUCGUGUUGGGGUGCAGGGUUGGCUGCUGGCGGGGGUUGGGGCGCGGGGGAUGGAUGGAUGUUGUUGUGUGGUUGUUGGUCGUUGUCUUGGUCGAGGGGGAUGGUGGCCUGGGAGGCGCUGUCGGCGUCAUUGUUGUCGUUGUCGGGUGCUGGGAGGGUUAGGGGGUCGAAGGCCUCCAUGCUGCCCCAACUGACACAGACAAAUCGAUGAAGGAAGGAAACGAGUGAGCGCUUGUCUGUCUGUCUGUCUGUCUGUGUGUCUGUCUGUCUGUCUGUCUGUGUGUGAGUAGGGUGGAUGUGAUGUGCACCUGAUGCCCUUUUUUGCGGUGAGCAUGAGUGGCACGGCAAGGUCCAGCUGAUCGGCAGGCGUCUCACACAUCGACUGCACACACAAAUCCAUACCACACCAUUCAGCCGUCUUGGUCUCUACUGUGCGGUGGCACACCUCUCUCAGCAGUCGACACAGCUGUUUGACAUCAUCGUUGCCACACUCGAACACUAACUCGUCUGCACAAAGAUACAGAGAGACAUACAAGGAGGAAACACCUGUACACACACGUGCGCUCCGCUUCCCCUGCCCGUCCACCAUGCAGACCGUGUAUGGUGAGCAGCAGUGAUGGGUGUGGGUGGUUCUUCCACGUUCGCUUGGCCAGGUUCUCACGCACAGCCAGCAUUGCGAUCUUGAGCAAAUCAGCAGCCGAUCCUUGAAUGACGGCAUUGACGGCCUUCGUGUGGACGUCCCGCCCACCCGCACCACCCCCAACACGACGACGACGACCUACUCCACACACACACUCACAAUGAUGCACGGUGGAUGGAUGGAUGGAGGGAGGGAGGAGGGAACGAUGCGUCCACACCGGUGAUGGUGGUGACGAAUCCGCGUAUCUGUGCGUUGUGCUGCGUUCUGUCCAUGAACGUCUUGGCCUGACAUUUGUCAUGAACACAGGCCGCUCGUCGUUCGGUCCGCAUCCCACGUACCUCCGGGAACUGUCGUAGGAACUGCUGCUUGAGCGUUUGGGCCUCAGCCACCGUGGCGUCAAUCUGCUUGGCCAGCGCCUCGUUGCCCGUCCCGUAGAUGAGCGACAGAUAGGCCCUCUUGAACUGAACAAACCAAUAAAACACACGACGAGUGCACCAAUGUACAUGUGUCUUGUGCAUUCCCAUUGGAAUACAUCCACCUUGUUGCGCUGCUCCUUUGACACGGCACUCGACGCACGGCCUGCGCGAAUGCAGGGAGGGAGGGAGGAACACAUGUGUGUGGAAUUUUAUGCGGCCGGCGUGUCUUGUGGCGAUACUCACGGUAGUGUCUGGCGGCCAUUUCUGUGUAGAUGUCCACGUCAUUGGGGCCGCGCCAACCGCUGUCACUCUGGCUGAAGGGAAAGAAGUACAUGACAUGCAUGCGUCAGACAUUCGCGUCUUUGUGUGCCUCUUGUUCCGCUGACUUGAGUAUCUGCUGCAGUCCCCCAUCGCCGCAGAAAUGAGCAAAGAUGCGCAUCUCCUGCACUCACACACGACAAUCGAUGGCGGCAGCCGUCUUUGUGUCGCAGGGUCGUGUAAGUGUACGAUCUGCGCGUAGUCGACGGACACGAGCACGUGUGUGUCGGGUUGGGCUGUCUUAAAUCCAUCACGCGCCCGAACCUCACCAAUACCCUCAAGCACCUGUUAGCAGACGUGCAUGGAAGGAGCCGUGGGCAAAGAGGCGAGGAGACAGAGACAGGCUCUGCCUGCCCUGCCUGCCCUGCCUGUGGUUUGGGUAUGUUCUGCAUGUUGAGUGUGGCGCACGAUAAGCGACCUGCAUUGCGUACACACACAACGAGAUUAUACCAUGAAGCGAAAGCGAGCCCUGUUCCUCCUUUCUCUGUGUCUGCAUUGCGUACCGGUGCCGGUCUGCAUUUGGUUCCAUUUGCUGAAGCAGCGAGGUUUGCUGGACUCGUGCCACCGCCGACCACUGCCCAUCUCGGCCCCCUCGUCCAGAUCAAGCUGCACACGUGGCGACACGGCAAACGACAUGCGCGGUUUAUGUGAGUGGAUUGCAUGUGUUUGUUUGUGCUCACGGUGUAUUGGGGGAUGGACUUGAUCUCCUUGCUCAUGAAUCCGGACAGUGAACGGUGAUGCUGCAGACCAUACAUAACGAUACGUUGCGGUGUGUGUGCGUGUCAAUGUGCGUGUGUAUGUGUGUUUCUUACGAGUAUCAUCUGCACAACCGCCCGCACAUUCGGGUCGCGGCUCUCCCGCAGAAUGCGACUCAACGCCUCCUGAUCUGCACAAUGAUACAGAGACAGACAGAGAGAGAGAGGGAGAGACAACAUGAAUGUUGUGAAGGCACCUGCCUCUCUCUCUCGGUCUGCGCGUCUUCUCAUUCAUGUCUCAGGCAAGGCCGUCUACCGGUAGAUCUCUGGUCAGUUUUCUUCUUUCGUUCGACGGAGAGGUUGUCGGGGUAGGAGACCUUCAUGUCGUCGUACAGCACCUCCGCAACCUGCACACACAUCCACCAAGACCAACCCAUGGAUGAACCUGCCGGGUGAUGUGCCUCGAUGAGUGAGAGUGACCUGCUGAGGUGAUGCGAGGUUGAAUGUCUUGCCGGCGGCCUGUCUGGCCUUUUCCCUGAUGUCGUCGAUAGCCGACUCCACCGAGUCGUGCAAAGAGGUAAAGAACUCGCUCUCGCAACAGAUGCCUGAUCAACCAUGGACCGGAGAAUGGGUGCGGUGCAUCUGUAUGUGUGUAUGGCGUGUGAUACCCCACCGGUGACGUCCAGUUCGGCGAGAAGGACGGCCGUGGGGGUCUCCUGCUGGAUGAAGGCGCUGCACAAGUAGACAAGGAGACGUCUCACAAAUGUGUCGGUGUGGUUUCCCGCUGUGUGGGAUUGAGCGGCUCUCACUGACUGACUCGAGGAACAUCUGCUGGUCGUCCUGCGUGCAGAAGCGCCGCUCGAUGUCCCGCUGGAACAUGCGAGUCCACUCAGCGCGGAUAGCGACUGACAGACACUCUGACAACACCGCAUCCUGACACACAUCGAUGUCCAGACAUCACACACAAGGACAGGCAGACACAGACAUACAUACGUCUCUUCAUACCAUGGCUGCAUAAGCCCAUUCCUUCAUGUCCAAGUGAGGCUGGGCCGCCGCCUGCUGCAUGAGUGCGCUGAGCCCUCUGCCGCCACCUCGCCCUCGCCCCUGCUGCUGCUGGUUGAGUGAGAAGGGCAGCACAGGAGCCCCUCCCUGGCCCCUUCCUCGCCCUCUGCCACGACCAGCCCCCGCCGUGUCGAUUGGCGACGACCUCGACCCGCCCAGAUGCACGGCCAGGUCCUGAUGGACAUGUGUGUAUGGAGACCAAGGACACAGUGAUGUUUGUUGGCGUGGCGGACCUCUGCGUUGCUGAGUUGGGUCUGCAGCGACUGCUCACAAUCCUGAAAUGGCGGAGCAACAAACAGAUAAACUUUCCGCCCUGUGUGUUUCUUGCUCCGCUCGCCUGUGUGUUGAGGAAUGUCUGUCUGAGUGUGUCGAUGCCCUGCCAUGUUUUCCCGUCGUCGGGGUCGAGCAUGAAGGCCAUGAUGGUGGGGUCCAGCUUGUUGAUGGAGCCGAAAUCCAAACCUGAGCCUACAAGCCACACACUCAUCCAUCCAGACAUACAUGUCAUGUGAUGUAUCUCUUUGUCUGUCUGUGAUGACAGUGUGUCGACCAACCGAAGGUGGGUAGUUUCUGGUAGAGACUGCGAUAGGCCUGGAUGAGAGAUGCGGAAGGUGACAGUGGCUACGGAUGACAGAGCUGCCCUCGAUUACCAAACCUACCUCCUGCAGCCCGCAAACCACCAAAGUGCUCAUGCUCCCGUCAUCAGACGAGCGAGGCGCCUGGACAAACAGAGCAGCCAUACACUCCUUGCCCAUCCUUCCCGUCUGUAUGUUUCACCAGUCGUCCUCCGAAGAAGUCGCUGAGCAGCCCCCACACGUCAUCGGUGAGUCUGCGCGUCAGGUUCUGCCACUGCCGGCCAUUCGACGACCAACGACCCAUGCACUCCGCCUGAUAAUGACACGGACACGGGAUUUUGCCCAAUGUAUGAAUGCACUGCGGUGGCUGUGUGUCCUUAUUACUGCCUGUGCCAUGCAUGGCAUGAGGAUGAAGAACCGCCCCUGCCCAUCCCUGUCGACGGGCGAGUUGAGGGGCGAGAGGGGCAGAGAAGAACGCAGCGUGGUGCCGUCGCCAGUGACGGAGAGCAACACAGCCACAGGGAGGGGGAACCCGUCAGCGAUGGUCUUGCUGUCCUUCUGUUCACAGAGAAGGAGAAGAUAGAUGCAAGGAGUGUCUCCCCUCCUUGGCCCCAUGUUCCCUUGGUUGAAGCUUACGCGGAUCUCCAGAUUGGGUCUGACUGAUGUGGUCCCAUCCUCGUACAGCAUCACCACACUCAUGGUUGCGAUGGCCACGGACGGCGGCUCCCCGUCCGUCUCACCGAACACAGCCCUCUGCAUCUCCUUGAGGGCGUCAGGGCUCGACACACAACACCAAUCAGCCAAAGCUGACACAACUGACACACAUACACAGAUACACAGGCAGACAGAAGGGAUAUCAAGACGAACCAUCCAUCAAUCCUUAGAGAGCUCACCGUCCACGAGUUUCUCAAAGGCUACAGUCCACUCAAACUGAUCCCUAACCCGUCCCCUCUUGGCCCUCGAACCCCCAUCCCCUCCGCCUCCCCCUCCACCCGCACGUUUGGCACCACCCUUGGCCUUCGCUUUCGGCACCACCGCAGCAGUCCCGCCGAACAGCGUCCGUUGGAUCAGCUGGCCCCCCGGAGCCUUUGCUGCAGGAGCCUUCGCAGCUGGAACCUUCGCUGCUGCUGCUGCUGCUGCCUUCGGAGCUGGCCUCUGCUGUCCGCCGGCGGCAGCGAAUGGUGGCCGCUGGUGAGGGGCAUUGGCAAGUGGUCUGGAGAUGGGGGGGCGGGGAGGAGGGCGUGCAUUGGGAUUGCGAGGAGGGGGGCGGGGAGGGAGAGGGCGGUUGCCAACGGGAGGGGGCGACGGCGAUGGUCCACGAAGUGCCCUCUGUGCCGGAGCAGCGAAUGGAGCCACUGCCGCUGGGCGGGCAGGCUGAGCGUGGCUGCUGGGCUGGAACGGGGCGGGAGGGCGGACACGUGCCUGCUGUUGCUGUAGCUGCUGCUGUUGGUUUCGCUGGUACGCUGCGAAGUUGCUCUGCCCGAGGAUGGCGUCCCAUCGGAGAAUUCUGACACACACACACACAUACGGGCAUGUGCAAGAGUGAGUGCUCCCCUCCCAUCCCCUCUGACCUGUUGGUGCGCUCACUCUCCCAGAACUCCAUCGGAUCUGGUGGUUGUAGCCCUUUGAACAUCCAGCGGGUCGUGACAUACCCCCCGCCGCCGCCGCCAGCAGCCUCGAACUCAUUCAACUCCAU